AUAAAUGCUAUUUUUUCAAUUUUCAAAUUUAUUCAUUUUGUUUUUUAAAUUUAAAAUUAAUUGUUCGUUUGACUAUAAUCAUGACUUUGUUGUUUCAUAAGCUUCGUUGGGGCUAUAUUCGUAAUAAUUUGCAAAGUUUUUUCUUUACAAUCACAUACAUUGCAAUAACAUUAUCAUUGUUUAUUUAUCGAUUCGGCCAAUAUGCGGACACAACAACUGCAUUGGCCCUUGCUCGUGCUUCCGCUAUCGCAAUCUAUUGGCAAUCCGGUUUGAUCAUAGUUUUAAUAUUGCGAAAAUCAAUCAGCUAUGUUCGAUCGUUUGGUCUGGCACGAUACUUACCUUUGGAUCAUUUCGUUUAUUUUCAUAAAUUAACCGGAUGGUCUAUCGCAUUUUUUUCAUUGGUUCAUACGCUUGCACAUCUUUAUAAUUUUCUCGCCUUGACAGAUAUAACUACAAUUUCGUAUUGGGACUUCCUUGUAUCCGUCAAUCUUGGUAUCGGAUGGUUUUACGGUUCUGCAUGUCUCACCGGUUGGAUUUUGGUCCUCCUACUGGUUAUCAUGUUAAUAUUUUCGAUGAAUUUUGUUCGUCGUACAGGAAAUUUCGAAAUUUUCUAUUACUCUCACAAGCUUUAUGUAUUUUACAUUCUGGUCCUAUUUUUGCAUGCUAGUUCAACUCUUCAUUGGUUGACAGCACCAUUGAUAUUUUUGUUAUUCGAAAAAAUUUCCGCCUAUUAUCGAACAAAAAAAUAUUAUCAUGGUCAAACAUAUGUGAUCGAAGGAACAAUGUUACCAUCGCGUGUUUUACGUUUAAUUAUACGGAAGCCAAAGUAUUUUCAUUUUGUUCCCGGUGAUUUUAUCUACAUGAUGGUGCCAUCAAUUACUAAAUAUGAAUGGCAUCCAAUGACUAUAAGUUCGGCUCCUGAGGACAAAGAAUUAACUUUGCAUAUACGAGCUGUCGGUGAAUGGACUAAUCGAUUAUACGAUCAUUUUGAUCAUGCUAAAACUUUGACAUUGAAGAAGAUGUUAGAGGAAUGGAAAUGUUUGGAUUUCCACCCUUUGUUUAAAAAUACUGAUCAAAUCAACAAAUUUGAUGUGAAUUGUGAUCACGCACUCGAUCACAAAGUUCAUAAUGUUGGCAAUUCACUACAGAAACGUACAAUGAUACUUCCAGUUCCAGAAGACUGUGACGAAGAUGGCUGUGGUAAGAUCAAGAAGCAGAUUAGCAUCGAAAAUUCCGAUAACGAAUCCGAAUCUGGCAGUGGUAUGGUAACCAUUGAAUUGAAUCAGAUUUCCCCGAAAUCUGCGUCAGAAACUCAUGUAUCCGAAAAUCAUAUUCAAAAACCUUUAGCAUUAUUGAAAAAUAUUCAUAAAGAUGUUCAAACAAAUGCGGUCUUUCUCAAAUCACCUUUAAAGAUUCAUUUGGAUGGUCCUUAUGGUGCUCCUUCAUCCAACAUUUUUGAAAGCGAACACGCCGUAUUGGUCGCAACCGGAAUCGGUGUAACUCCAUUCGCAUCGAUUCUUCAGAGUAUCAUGUAUCGACAUAUCGAAAAAACUCGCCAUUGUCCUUUAUGUAAACAUAGUUGGACCGAACGAGUACCAUCUCGACAUAUAAACAAUUUGAAAAAAGUUGAUUUCAUUUGGAUCAAUCGUAAUCAAACAAGCUUUGAAUGGUUUGUAGAGAUGUUGUCUGAUUUGGUCGAACAACAGUCGACGAUUUCGAUCAAAGAUGAUCGGUUUUUUGACAUUCAUAUGUACGUUACGAAUAAAGAUGGUGAAAAAUCUGCAUAUUCUGAUCAAUGGACAAAAGGUUCAUCAAUAAUCGACCGUUCAAACAGUAUGAUCAAUUGGCGUUUUGGUCGACCAGAAUGGGAUGGUAUUUUUCAGAAUAUCCGACAACAAAAACGUGGCAAAGUAACAUUUUUCUAUUGUGGUCGACCCGAUUUAAGUGGAUAUUUGAGGCAAAAAUGCAGUGAAAAUGAUUUUGUUUUUAAAAAAGAAGUUUUCUAGACCUUGUGUUAUGUUAAAAAUCAUUUUUUAAAAUUGUUUAUAAAAGUAAUAAUUAA